ACUAUGGACUUUGGAUUCUUACUCAUCCAUUAGUAGUUGUACCAUUGGAGUGGGUACCUCAUUGGACAAUUAAAAACUUUUUCACUUUCCUCUUAAAUAUCACAUAUUCACAAACCAAUAUUUCACUUCAUUUGUAGCAUCAAUGGGAAAGAUAACAAGUGGUUCAUGGCUCACAAGAGUCAAGAGAGCAUUCACUCCUCACAAAUCUUUUACCAAAACACUAGAUGAUGAUCUUGAUGACAACAACAUCUUGCACAAAAGAGAGAAGAGAUCAAGAUGGUUGUUUGGAAAGUCAUCAAGAAAAUCAUUAACUAGUCAUGUACAACAUGAAAUCACACAAGUGAAAGUUAAUACAUCAAGUCAUGAUACUUCUCAUGAGGAAAAUCACGCCGUCUUAACGAAGGAAGCCACCGCGAAAGCCGCUACCACGACCCCCCAUGCAGCGCUCGAGAUUAUGCGUCUCGCCGUUAAACCUUCUUCUGUUUCCGUCAAGCAUCAUUUUGCUGCCACUAUCAUUCAGACAUCUUUUCGUGGCUACCUGGCAAGAAGAGCAUCAAAGGCAUUGAGGGGGAUAGUGAUGCUUCAAGCGGUGAUUCGCGGACAAAAUGUAAGGAAGCAAGCCGUCGUUACUUUAAGAUGCAUGCAAGCGCUUCUAAGGGUUCAAUCUCGGGUGCAUGAUCAACGAUCCAGGCUCUCACACGAUGGAAGUAGAAGGUCGUUGAUGUAUGAAAACGCUUCUUUUUGUGAGUCGAAAUAUGUUCAAGACAUAAGACGGAGGAAGUCUAUGGGAAUGUCAAGAGACGGGAAUUGUGUCCCGGAUGACUGGAGUGACAGACCACAUAAUCUUGAGGAGCUUGAUGCCAAACUGCAUAACCGAAAGUUUCAGAUAUCUAACAGAAACAUGUCUACUAUGGAUGAAAAGGAGCUAGAAGAGACUGCUAGUUGGUUAGAUCAAUGGAUAAAAGCAAAACAAUGGGAAAACCAAAGAAGGGAUUCUAUAAAAACCAUUGAAAUUGAUAGCCCAAGGCCCGGUUCCCGCUCGGGUGUACACAAACCGUCGAUCUCUAAUUACUCACCGAGUCGAAGGUCAAACUACAGUCCUUCACCUGGUCAACAACCCAUCACACCAUCACCGGUUAAGACAGUACCAUUACAAAUACGGUCCGCAAGCCCAAGGUGUAUGAAAGAGGAAAGAAGCCACUUGAAUGCAAACAUACAAAGUUUACGCAUAACCCCACGUGUCAUGGGGUCCAUGUGUCGUUACAGUACGUGUGCAAACGACAUGACUGUACCUAACUACAUGAGUGUAACCGAAUCGGCUAAAGCAAAAAUACGGUCACAAAGCACACCUAGACAAAGACCCUCAACACCCGAAAGGGAACGAGUUGGGUCUGUGAAGAAACGACUCGCUUACCCUGUCCCCGAUCCAUGCGAUAAUUACAAUGUUCGGUAUUGUGAUUAUGGUCAGAACCUAAGGAGCCCGAGUAUUAAGAGUGUUCAAGUUGGUCAUGUUGGUAUGGGACAACAAUGGUGUUCGGGGGACAGCACCACCGGCGGUGAAAGCUCUCCAUGUUCUACUACUGAUUUACGGAGAUGGCUAAGGUGAGCUAACCUGACUCAACCCGACCCGACCCAACCGAACUCCCGUCAGAAUAACUUAAGAGUUAUCACAUCUAGUUUAGUUGUUGAGUGAUCAGAAGUAGCAGCAUUCAUAUAUCAAGUAUUAAAUGUAUUCUGUUCAUUGUCAGACAAUUAAUUGACUCUGGAUUCAAACCAAUAAUGGAUGAUCAAGCCCAGUGGCGAAGCUUGAAAUUU